AGUAAUGCUGAGACAGACUCCCAGAAGAUCUGAGCGAGUCGCGUAGUUUAGCCCGGCAGGGGCUGGGGUUGUGCUGCUGCUAUGAGCUGCACCAUCGAGAAGAUCUUGACAGACGCCAAGACACUCCUGGAGAGGCUGCGGGAGCACGAUGCGGCCGCCGAGUCGCUGGUGGAUCAAUCGGCAGCGCUGCACCGGCGGGUAGCCGCUAUGCGGGAGGCGGGGACAGCGCUUCCGGAGCAGGUCAGGCAGAGGUAUCAAGAGGAUGCAUCCGAUAUGAAGGACAUGUCCAAAUACAAACCUCACAUUCUGCUGUCUCAAGAGAACACACAGAUUAGAGACUUGCAACAGGAAAACAGAGAGCUGUGGAUUUCCUUGGAGGAACACCAGGAUGCUUUGGAACUCAUCAUGAGCAAGUACCGGAAACAGAUGUUACAGUUAAUGGUUGCUAAAAAAGCUGUGGAUGCUGAACCAGUCCUGAAAGCUCACCAGUCUCACUCUGCAGAAAUUGAGAGUCAGAUUGACAGAAUCUGCGAAAUGGGAGAAGUGAUGAGGAAAGCAGUUCAGGUGGAUGAUGACCAGUUCUGUAAGAUUCAGGAAAAAUUAGCCCAAUUAGAGCUUGAAAAUAAGGAACUUCGAGAAUUAUUGUCCAUUAGCACUGAGUCUCUUCAAACCAGAAAGGAAAACUCAAUGGACACUGCUUCCCAAGCCAUCAAAUAACUGAACUCUGAAUGAUGGCUGGAGAUCGUCUAUCAAGGAAGGAAGUUACUAUCUUCCCAUUCAAGUACUGUCCAUUAAGUGUCUUGCCUCAGAUUUGAUUUAAUCUUAAUUAAAGGUAUCAGGUGGCAAUUUAGAAUUCCAGUCAAUAUUGGCUGUCCCCGGUUCUCAGAUGUGUUAAUGUGAAUACAUGCUGAAUUUUACCAUUCCUUUCUCAAAGAGACUACUUUUAAUUUUCAUUUCUGGGACCUUGAUUUAUAUAAACUGUGUUUUCAGUUCAUUGUUAUUUUUCACAUCUCUGAAACUUUGAGCAUUUUUUAUAAGCCAGCAAUUUUAUUUUAUAUAGCAUUGUAAAAUACACUUCUAGGAAAUUUUAGGAAAGAUUUAACUUUUUAAAUCUAUUUGGCAUAAACCCUGAUUUUUUUUUUCCAUUUGACAAAAUAAUACAAUUCCACAGAACUAGAUCAGCAGAUUCUCUGAUUUGUAAUGUCAUUCACCUGUGAAGUUUUACGUCUCUCUGGUGCUAAGAAUUGGCACUUUAUAGCCUGGUGCCUUUACUUUUGAGAGAACCUACUGCUAGUCCCAGGAAACAUACUUGGAAAUAAGUCAGCUAUUUUUUUCCCCAGUGAUACUAUAGUUGUCAUAUUGUUCAAAGUUCAUAUUAUUCAAAGCUGAGGAGCUUGUCCUGUGUAUGCGCAUGCACACGUGCACUUAGUUCAAAUACUAAAAGUAGCUUUUAUUAAAUAUAAUCAGCCAAAAACACACACACACAAAAUCAAAAAACCAAAUAUAAGUAGUCAGUUUUUCAAUGUUAUCCUACUAGUUUUAUAUUCUAUUUUAAUUUUUUCCAUUUUAUAAUUAAGAACCAUCACUUACUUGGAUUGGAUGUCUUUCAUUCCUAGCACUAAUAGUUAGUUGGCUUUCUUUUUUUUUUUACAUAGAAGCAGUUUUGGUUUUUUUUUUUUUUGUCUUUUUUAUUUUUUUUUUUUAAGCUAUAUAAAAAGGUGAGGAAGCAGUUUUGUUACCUAAUGAAAAUUAUUACACUCAUAAUGCUAUGUAGGCAACAUUGAGAUUCAAAUGCCCAGUGGUCAGGUGGGUUCACUCAUCAACUCAUUCCCAUCUCAGUUUACUCACAUUUCAAAUUUAUAAAUUCUUCAUGUUAUACUAUUCUAUUUAGAUUUGCCCAGAAUUAGUUGAAAUAAUGCUAAACCUGUCAAUAGUUUCCAGUAACAGUAAGCACCAUACUGCAUGGGAGAGACACAGUAUUAAAAAGAGUUGUUAGUGCUUUAUGUGAUAUAAUAUUUCUUUUGUAAUGCUACAAAGAACUACAGUUAAAACAACAAAAUCUUUCAAAGAUGUCCUAAAAGCAUCUGAUCGCAGUAAUAACUAAUGGAUGUCAUCUAGAGCAGUGGGUGUUAAUGAAUAGGUAUAUGUCAUUUAAGAAUUUUUCAAAUUUCUGUUCGAUAUCCUACAUAGAAUUUGACAAAAAAACACCUCCAAGUGUGAGCAUUUUUUAUUUCAUUUCCCAAAAGUAAGGAAACUAUUAGCCCAGCCAUUGCCUUGAAGUAUACCUUAAGUGACCCAUAAAUCAAUUCAAGAGGCAGGUACUCUAUACCAUUUAGCAGCCAUGGCCAAACUUACCAUGGCCAGAUUUCAGUGAAAAUGAUGAAGUAAUCAAAUUAAAGUAUAAUAUGGUGUCCCUUUAUCUGCUUUAUGUUCCUUUAGAGCUGUUUAUAAAGUUCUUUAUAUCUCAAGUGUCAGGAUAAAUCUAUAUAUUAACUUUUCCCCCUGCGAAAUUAAAAGCCUGAGGUACAAGUCUAAGAAGCUUUUAGUGCCCUACAUAAUAUAAAUUCUGGCUGGUGUUAAUGCUAUGAAGAUAAUGUGUAGUUAGAAAAUUGAGUGGGGGAGGAAUGCUCUUCAUUUUAAGUGCAUUUUAAAGUUUCUCCUUCAGUGGAUGAAGAACUUGCCUGGUUUGCAGAAAUCUUAGUUCAAAAUUAUAUUUUCUAACAAAAACUGCAUUUUGAGAAGAUUAGCUAAUUUUACUCAGUAAUAAGUCAAAUUAGGAAGUGCAGUGUUUUUUUACGUAUAUAUAUAGCAACCUUGUCAAGUGGUCCUCACAAGAGUCAUAAAUACUUUGUAAUUAGCACAGUAUAUUCAGCAGUGUAUAACUCUACAAAUAGUACAUUAUAUUAGUGUAGUAUUAUAUCAGUAUCUUAUAUAUAAUUCUUAUAUUAAUACCUUAUGCAUAAUUUGAUUCAAACAUUGAAGGUCUAUUUUAGUGUUCUUCAAACUGUGGUUCCCUGACCCACUGAAAUAGAAAUUUGGUGAUGGAGUUCAAGAAUUUAUAUUCUAAUCAUCCCAAACAAUUCCUGAAGACACUAAUUUAAAAAUGUCUAGUCUAGGCCCCAUUGUUUAAUAGUUAGCACUCUAAAAGAUUAAAAAGAAAAUAGUCUAUGUGCCAACCACUUCAUUAAUACUUAUGAUUUUAAAAAUGAAAAAGUCUGGUACAGGAGAUAAGUAUAUAUAUAUAUAAUUAUAAUGCAGUGUGAUAAAUCUAUUAUAUAAGUUUGUAUAGGAUACACAAGAGGGACUUUAAACUUGAGAAUUCAAUAGAGAUAAUAAAUGGGUAGGAGAGAAAUAGAAAACUUUGUUGCCACAAAAGCAAAGUAUGUAUGGUAUUGCCAAUAAUGGCUACCAUCUAUUGAGUGCUUUACUAUCUGUCAGGUACUGUAUUAUAUAAUCUCCAUUUUAACUGUACCUCAUUUUGCAGAUACUCAGGCACAAGGAGGUGGUUAUUUUUUUUUUUUUUUUUUUUGGAUUUUUCAGUAGAGAUGGGGUUUCGCCGUGUUAGCCAGGAUGGUCUCGAUCUCCUGACCUCGUGAUCCGCCCGUCUCGGCCUCCCAAAGUGCUGGGAUUAUAGGCUUGAGCCACAGCACCCGGCCCCCAGGAGGUGGUUAUUUGUCCAAACUGGAACCAAGAUUCAAACCCAGACAGUCUUAAGCUCAUUUUUAAUCACUAACUAACUUGAGAUGCCUAAAUGCCAAAUACUGCUGGGAGUUCAAGUGGUUCUUGAUUAGCAAAAUCUAUUUUUAUUAGUGCAAAAGAAACACCACAGCUCAUAUAUUAGACAGUAUUAUGAAUUCAAUAAAUGGAGUCUUAACUAAUGAGAUAUUAUUUUCUAGAAUGGCGUAGCUGAGAGUAUGUGUGCAUUCAACUGAAAGGAAUAAUGUAUAAUCAGUGAUUCUUACUAUAUACAGGAAAAGGUGCAGUUCUGUCUCUCAGAUCUGCCUCCUUACCAUAUUGGCUUUCCUCCCUCAUGCUGUUUUCUUGUGUUUGCUAGGAAGUUGUUGACGAGCCAAGUGUCAUGCCCAUGUUGAAGGCAAGGAAGAAAAAAUGGAAAUGGCCUGUGCCAGCUACAUAUAUAUCCCCUUUUAUGAGGGAAAGCAAAGCUUUCCCAGAAAUUCCAAAUGGAUUCCCCCUUGACUUACUUGCCUGACCAGUUAAAUGGCCACUGGUACCUGCAAAGAAAGCAGGGUACAUAGCUGUCCCAAAUAAAAUCAGUAUUAGUAAGAAGAAAGAAUACUGAGAAAGCAACUAACAGCGUCUGUGACUGUUAAUGUCUGUGACUGUUAACAUUGUCAAGUCCUUUCCCCUUGAAUAUAGUUUUAGAAGAAUUAGCUGAAGAAGUAUGUUGAUAUUGAAUGACCAAGAGAAUGGGCUGUAGCAGACAUCUGUCAUUUCUCUUUUGGCUGCCCAAUAUCCUAACUCCUGUGUUUAGGGAAUCCCUCACCUAAUAAGGCAGAGCAUUCCUCCCUCCUAAAGAAUUUGAAAGUACCAGGUAAAUGUUUUAUCAGCCUCCUUUGCAGCUAAGGAAGAAACAUCUGCCUUCAACUUUAAAGUUAGUGAUACAAAGAAGCAGGGAACCAUGCAGCAGAUUCCUUUGAAGAUGGUGACUAACAACACUACUGCAUUCAUCUCCACAGAGGAGCAGCAAAAGUGGUUUAAUGAUAACCUCUAAUUCUAUUUUUUUUUUUUUUUUUUUGGAGACAGUCUUGCUCUGUUACCCAGGCUGGAGUGCAGUAGCACUAUCUCAGGUCACUGCAACCUCCACCUCCUGGGUUCAAGCAGUUCUCCUGCCUCAGCCUCCCAAGUGGCUGGGAUUACAAGUGCCCACCACCAUGCACAGCUAAUUUUUGUAUUUUUAGUAGAGAUGGGGUUUCUCCAUGUUGGCCAGGCUGGUCUUGAACUUCUGACCUCAGGUGAUCCGCCCGCCUUGGCCUCCCAAAGUGCUGGGAUUACAGGCAUGAGCCACUGCGCCUGGUUUGUAACCUCUAAUUCUUGUUUGUUGGCUGUCCUAGAGAACCUGAGAAUUACUUUUAAUAAAAUCAUUUUUUUGUUGUUAUUAAAACUAACCUGAAUUGCCUAAAACCAAGAACUCUGCUUGAUAAAAUAAGCAUAGUUUUAGGAACAGCCAUGCAGAUAUAAAUUUUAUCAACAUUUUAUACAUAAUUUUGGACUUAUAUUUAAAUGUAAUAUUUGAUGCUUAUAAAAGGGUAAAUGUGGAAUGCAAAUAAAUUAUCAAGCAUAAUAACUCAUCACCUAAUUUAAAAAUGAUAACAUUACAAGUGCUUGUAUUUUAUCUAUUUGAGCUCUUUUCCUAUCUUUGCCCACCCCCCUGCUUGCUUUUUAAUAGUUUUAUUCACAUGUAGAAAGACCUAAAAUACAUAUGUAUCCCUAAAGUGACUUAUUUUUUAGUUUUCUUUUUUUUUGAACUUCAAAAUAAUUGUAUCAUACUCUAUGUAGUCUAAGGAUUUUUUUUUUCACUCAACAUGUCUCUAGAAUUUAUACGUUUUAUUGUUUUAUAGCUGUCACUUUCAUUGAUAUAUAUUUCUUUGUUGGAUUAUACAACGUAUUGUUAAGGAAUACAUACAUAUAUAAUAAAUUAUACAUUUUUUUAA